UUAUUGACCAUCUAAUACAAUUAUUUUUAACUACUAAUUUUUUUUAAUGUUUCGAAUUUGAUGAACUUUACUGGCGAGGACAGUUUUCCAAGAAUGGUUCAAAUAGAAAAAUUGAGUUUUCAGUCAGGACUAAGUUGCGAGGAGAAGAUGUUAGUUGUAAUUGUGCGAGAAGGAAUAAAGCAAUUAACUCAACCUGUGAUUGCCAGUAGAAACUUAAUGGAAAAUUUUCAUUAUCAAGAAAAGAGUUACGUUAUAGAGUCACCCAAACUGCUUCUCCACACACAAGUAAACAAUGUGGUUUACUUAUUAAAACAAUUGAAAGUAAGAAAGGAAAAGCUUAUACAAAGCAUUUCAGAAAUUGUCUCGGGAAAGCUUGCAGGAGAUUUGGUUGGUAAUUUGUCAAAAUGGGAGCGUGACAUCCGGUGCCAUUGGUCUAACGGAGCAAAUAAAGCAGAGCUAAAGCUUUUUGAUUGGUCUUUUAGUGAUAAUAGCGCAGGAGAAGUUCUUUCUUUUAAAGGUAGAGGGGCCACUGGAACUUCCUGGAGAAGAAUUCCGAAUUCAAAGGAAUCUUCCUCUCUUAUGAAUGUUUACCAUACACACGUAAAUGAUCGCCAUACAAUUAUUAGAAGUGGCAUAAUUGAAACCCCUGAAAAGGCUGCACAAUACAAAGAAGUCGUUAAAGCCGUGUUAAAAGAAAGGCUCUCUAUGAAACUUUCGACCGAGCGCGUGGCUUCUCUCUCGCUCAUCUCAACCUUUUCUUUUUCCAACAGCGAAAAAGAAAUGGUGAAGUGCCAGCACGAACUUUUGUCCGCUAUUUUUGGGUCGCACAGCCAAUUCAGUCUACCAAAGAAGACAGGCUUUUUUUCAUGGGCGGCUGGACAGAAGCGCUCGUGCUCUAGUCUGACCAAAAUCAGUUGUGAUGCCUUUGAAGAGACUAAUUUCCGGUCCUGCGAUUCCUUUUUUAACGUCAGCGAACUUAAAAAACCGAGCUUUCUUCAUAUGAACUAUCAAACAAAUCUCUACGAAAUAAGUGGGAUUUCUGUCGGUGAAGCUUCUUCUCGACGCCUUAAUCACGCUGCACUUGUCCAACUUUGUCACUGGGCAUUGCAAGAUCUGAAAGAGUGCUUGACUUUUAGCGUUUUCCAGGACAUGAAAGCAGAAUUAUUAAAGCGUACAGAGCAUGCGCUUUGCAACUUGUCAAACGGUACUGCUGAUAAAAAGUUAUUAGCAAGCAUGAGAGCAAUAUCUUUUUAUUAUGAAAAGUGCUUUCGAAAGUUCCUAAAUAGUACGAAUGAGAAUGUGCGGCAGCAAGUAACUGCCUUGCUAAAAGUUAGCAUCGCUUUAAAAACUCUUUGUCGACUUCUUCAAGCGCACGUGGAGGUGGGCUCUGUGUCACGAGUUUGCGAGCUGUUGUUGAUCUCCGUCCUGCACGUGACUUUGGACUUUAUUUUCUGUGUAAACUGCAAGUCGGGGUGCGAUCGGACUGGGCUCAUGUUUGCCAUAGCGUCGUCAGUGGGGAUGAUGUGGGAAACACGGCCCACCGAAAGGAUAGAAUUCUGCGAUAUGCUAAUAUCCUUUGACGAAAUUUCACAACAGCAAGAGAAAAUAUACUUGAAGGGCCCAAAGCAGUGGGGGUUAUACUUAGAUGCUGGUAUCCUUGAAGACCCACAAGCUCAUAAGGCCCUGUUACUUUGCGAAUUAAAAAAUAUAAUAUUUCUUAAUCUUAUGGAAGUCGGAUGGAAAUGCAUUUUGUACAGCACUGGGUUACCUGGAUUCAAAGUGGGCUCCGAGAAUUCAACAUUUAAAAAUCCGCACGUUACACCGUUGCUUCCUCCUUUUAUUCGAAGUCGCGAUGGAUCUUUGAUGGACUCGGUUGAAUUUCGAGACUUCUUUAUAGGAGCCUCAGCCUAUCGCGGUGGAAAUUAAAUGUUUAUGAAGUACUAAAAAACUAGCUGCCUUGCCUAUAUAAACUCAAGGACGCCAUAUUUCACAAGUUCCGAUUGAAUUUA